GCUCUCGUUCCCUCCUUCCUCCUCCUCCUCGGUUGUGUGUCUGCACUGGGUCGAUCGCGGCGACGAAGACUCCCGACACCAGGAAGCAAAUAACCGAGAUCAACUUCCCAAGAAAAAUCGAAUCAAAAUCAAAUCCAGAAACAAUGUCUAGCUACCACAAACCAGACGAGAAAACCCUGCAGGGGCUGAAAGACCUCGCCAACAAGCUCCGGAUCCACUCCAUCAACGCGACAUGCGCCUCAAACUCCGGUCACCCGACAUCAUGCUGCAGUGCUGCAGAGCUCAUGUCUGUGCUCUUCUUCCACACCAUGCGCUACAAAGCAGAUGAUCCUCGCAACCAAUGCAACGACCGCUUUGUGCUCUCUAAGGGCCAUGCUGCACCGGUCCUGUAUGCUGCCUGGGCAGAGGCAGGUUUUGUGAAGGAGUCUGAUCUGCUCAACCUGCGCAAGAUUGACUGUGACCUGGAGGGCCACCCCACACCAAAACUUGCUUUUGUUGAUGUGGCAACAGGCUCUCUGGGACAAGGGCUUGGCGCUGCCUGUGGGAUGGCCUAUACUGGCAAACACUUUGACAAAUCCAGUUACCGUGUGUACUGCAUGCUGGGUGAUGGCGAGUGUUCUGAGGGCUCUGUGUGGGAGGCCAUGGCCUUUGCCUCCUACUACAAGCUGGACAACCUGGUGGCUAUCAUGGAUGUCAAUCGUCUGGGUCAGAGUGAGGCUGCACCCCUGAUGCACGACAUGGAGACCUACCGCAAACGCUGUGAAGCUUUUGGGUGGAACACGUAUGUGGUGGAUGGACAUGAUGUGGAGGAACUGUGCAAAGCUUUCUGGCAGGCUCAGCAGAUCAAGGACAAACCCACUUGCAUUGUUGCCAAGACCUUCAAGGGCAAAGGACUCAAAAAUAUCGAGGAUCUUGAUAACUGGCAUGGAAAGCCCAUCCCUAAGGACAGAGUCGAUGACCUCCUGAAAGACUUGCGGUCUCAGAUCCAGGUCCCCAACAAGACCCUUUGCCCUGAAUUGCCCAAUGAUGACACAGCACCUGCAGACCUGAGCCUCAUCUCCCUGCCCUCACCCCCAGCCUACAAAAAAGGAGACAAGAUGGCAACUAGGCGAGCAUACGGUGUUGCGCUGGCCAAGAUGGGCAAGGCCAGUCAGAGAGUGGUAGCUCUGGAUGGGGACACCAAAAACUCCACCUUCUCCGAGACCUUCAAGAAGGCCUUCCCCGACCGCUACAUCGAGUGUUUCAUCGCUGAACAGAAUAUGGUGGGAGUGGCCAUUGGCUGUGCCACCCGUGACCGCACAGUCGCAUUCGCCAGCACAUUUGCGGCUUUCCUGUCUAGAGCUUAUGACCAGAUCCGUAUGGGAGCCAUCUCCCAGACAAAUGUCAACCUGGUAGGAUCCCACUGUGGAGUCUCCAUCGGUGAGGAUGGUCCUUCCCAGAUGGCUCUGGAGGACUUGGCCAUGUUCCGUGCCAUCCCAACAUGCACUGUGUUUUACCCCAGUGAUGCCGUGUCCACAGAGCGGGCUGUCGAGCUAGCAGCCAAUACAAAGGGUAUCUGUUUCAUCCGUACCAGCAGACCAGAUACUGCAGUCAUCUACUCUCCAGAUGAGAAGUUUGAAGUCGGUGUAGCCAAGGUGGUGCGCCAGUCUGACAAUGAUCGGGUGACUGUAAUCGGAGCUGGUGUUACUCUCCAUGAGGCCCUUGCUGCUGCUGAUAUGUUGGCCAGCGAAGGAAAGAACAUCAGAGUGAUUGACCCGUUCACCAUCAAGCCCCUGGAUGCCUCUACCAUUCUGGCUAGUGCCAGAGCCACAGGAGGACAAAUCAUCACUGUGGAGGACCACUACAAGGAGGGUGGUCUCGGAGAAGCAGUCCUGUCAGCUGUUGGCGCAGAGCCUGGCAUCAUUGUGACCCGACUGGCAGUGUCUGGUGUUCCCCGCAGUGGAAAGUGCAAUGAGCUGCUGGACAUCUUUGGUAUCAGCGCCAAACACAUCGCUAAAGCCGUCCGUCAGACCUUUGCAAACUAAGGACUCUUCCGGAUCUCCCACGUGUUGCUCUGUUUACUCUACCCCAACUUCCUGGUUUUCUGCCCAUCUUAAAAGCUCUCUGGCAUCCAUUUCUUGUGAUUUCUCACUUCCUUUCUGGACCAUCUUUUUCUAAGAAGCACUGUUACGGUUUGUCAUAACUCUAAUGUGCGAGAUAACGUUUUGUUGUGUUUAGUCAUAAAUGCUCAGUCAAAAAGCUUGGGUCCAGAUUUGUUCUUCAAAGACCCAGAGUGCAAGUCUAACUCAAAGUCUAACCAGUUUAGUAAUGAACUGUCUAAGCAUUCCUCUCAUGGUUCCUGACCACAUAGACACUGCACAGUGUUACUUGCAUUUCACCUGUCAUUGUGUGAUUGCCGCGAUGUGCUGAAUUAAAAAGAAUAUCAUGAUG